AUGCCUCAAGAUACGCCUCAGCGGGACUUUGAGCCCCGCGAUCUCGACCUCGGCGACGAUGAUGCCCUCUUCAAAGCCCUCGAAGAAGAAGACGAUACCUCAUACCGUGCGCACCGCAUCGAGCAACUCAACGCCGAAUUCGCCACGGCAGGAAGAGGUAACCCAACAACCACAACAGUCGUGCAGGACUCUCUCCUCCCAACGAUUAAAAGCGACCAAGCCCUGCUAGACUUCACAACGGAGAUAAACCGCUGCGUGAUUCACUUCGCGCACCCUGAUUUUGCGCGUUGCGCGACGAUGGACGAGCAUAUCAAGGCAUUGGCGGCGCGACAUCAGGAUGUGCGGUUUGCGAGGGUCGAUGUGCGCGAAACGCCGUUUGUGGUAGAGAAAUUGAAGAUAAGGGUCUUGCCGUGUGUCAUCGGAUUCCUGGAAGGGGUUGGAGUGGAGCGUGUUGUUGGGUUUGAGGGUUUGGGGUCUGGGGGGGUUGACGGGGCGGAUGGCUUUAGCACGGCCACGCUUGAAAUGAGGCUGCUGUGGAAGGGGAUCCUGUCCCAGAAGAAGUUCAAGGCUGUGGACGACGAGGGCUCAGAGGCGGACAGUGAGGAAGAGGAUGGUGGUCAGAGGAGGCGACGAGGUAUCCGGACUGGAAACACAAGAGCUGUUAAGGAUGGUGAUGAUGACGACGACUGGGACUGA